GUGUUUGGGGCAGAUACAAAUGAAAUACAGUCAGUGUCAGUGAUGGAGGGAGAUUCUGUCACUUUAAACUCUGAUCUUACUGAAAUACUUAAUGAUGACAUAACUUGGACAUUUGGAGCUGAAAAGUCUCUCAUAGCUAAAAUCAAAAGAAAGAAACAAAUCUUCUCCACAUAUGAUGUUCCUGAUGGGAGAUUCAGAGACAGACUGAAGCUGGACGAUCAAACUGGAUCUCUGAUCAUCACAGACAUCACAACUGAACAUACUGGAGUAUAUCAAGUACUGAUGUUUGCAGCUAAACUGUCAUCAAAAACGUUCAAUGUUUCUGUCUAUGCUCGUCUGUCUGUUCCUGUCAUCAACAGAGACUGUUCUUCAUCAUCUUCAUCGCAGCAGAAUUGUUCAUUGGUGUGUUCAGUGGUGAAUGUGGGUCAUGUGACUCUCUCCUGGUACAAAGGAAACAGUUUAUUGUCCAGCAUCAGUGAGUCUGAUCUCAGCAUCAGUCUCUCUCUACCUCUGGAGGUGGAAUAUCAGGAGAAAAACAGCUACAGCUGUGUGCUCAACAAUCCCAUCAGCCACCAGACCACACAUCUGGACAUCAGCAAACUCUGUCAGCCAUGUUCAGGUAUGGCAGUGCUGUCCCUGAUAGUGUUGAUCUCUGCUGCUGCUGCUGGAUCUCUGUUG